UAUUUUCUCUCGCACUCUCACAUUCUUACUUUCCUAUUCUCUCUUCAAAACCCCUCUCGUCGCUCGCUCUUAGGUGCUCUCCCUAACCCCCAUGAUUGCGCAGAUCAGGCCUUAACCUUCUUUUCUGCUUUCCUUCGUUCGCUUUCUUUCUCAAUAUAGGUCGGAGCAACGAUUUUGAAUCUUAUUCUUUUGGGGGGUCAUGCGUUAGGCUUUAGGCCCCUAUCUCUUUCUUUUUGUGCUUGAAAAGUGGAGUUUCGAUGUCUACUGCUCCUUCCUCUUCGUCUUCUUCCACGUCGAAGAAAUGCUUCAAUUCGGAUUGUACGGACUUCAAAUCCAGGAAAGGCUGGCGGUUGCGUUCCGGAGACUCUGCGGAGCUUUGUGAUCGAUGCGCUUCCGCUUAUGAAGAGGGGAGAUUCUGUGAGACUUUCCACCUGAGUGCCACUGGCUGGAGAUGUUGUGAUUCUUGUGGGAAGCGGGUUCAUUGUGGAUGUAUUGUUUCAAUUCAAGCAUUUACACUAUUGGAUGCUGGAGGGAUUGAGUGCAUGGCGUGUGCAAGGAAAAAUGUUGUUUUGACAUCAAAUAGCGCAUGGCCAGCUUCUUUAUUUUAUAAUACUCCUUUACCUGAGAGGUUUAAAGACCUUUCUGUCAAAAGUUGGAGUCAAUUAGCUGGAUCGGGUCCCGUACCAUGGCGAGCAGCACCCAGUUUGUUCAAUUCCUCAAUUCCUCAUUCUGAAUUGCAUCCAAGGAAUCUAUAUGAAAUUGAAAGGCUUAAUCCCGGUGAAAGAUCUUCUGUCCCUUCUCUAGAAAAAGGAAGAAUAGAGGAUUUUUCUGACAGAUUAAUAAAUGGGAGCCUGAAACUUGGCACAAGAGAUAUGCUUGAAAAUGGAAAUGCAGGUUUCAGCAAUGAGGAGAAGCCCAAUUCGUGCUUAGGCACAUCACAGCAGCCUGUUUUAAAGGAGGAUCCAUCUACUCCACAACUUGGGAUUGCUAUACCUUUUGCAGCUCUGAAUGAAUCAAAUGGUCAAAUUGGGGGCUCUGGAACUCCUUUACGGCAGCCUGCUCCACCUUUGCUUGCAAAGCAAUUUCAUGGUAAUUUGCAUAAUGGAGUUGACUCAUCACCUGAUACUCAGAUUCGCAAUGGAAGGCCUCGAGCUGAUGCCCGUGGAAGAAGCCAGUUACUUCCUCGGUACUGGCCGAGGUUUACUGAUGAAGAGCUACAGCAGAUCUCUGGAAAUUCAAAUUCUGUAAUCACCCCUUUGUUUGAGAAAAUGUUGAGUGCUAGUGAUGCUGGGCGAAUUGGGCGUUUGGUGCUGCCAAAAAAAUGUGCAGAGGCCUAUUUUCCGCCAAUCUCACAUCCUGAAGGGUUACCACUUAAGGUCCAGGAUUCUAAAGGGAAAGAAUGGGUAUUUCAAUUCCGCUUUUGGCCUAACAAUAAUAGCAGAAUGUAUGUUCUGGAAGGGGUAACUCCUUGCAUACAGAAUAUGCGAUUGCAAGCAGGAGAUACAGUAACAUUUAGUCGAUUAGAGCCAGAAGGAAAAUUGGUUAUGGGAUUCAGAAAGGCUUCAACUGCUCCGUCAUCUGAUCAGGACAAUGAUACAAGUAAGAAUGGUAAUGGUGUUUCUACAAAUGGAGAUUUUGAAUUGGCUGAUUCUAGUUCUUGGUCUAAAGUUGACAAGUCCGGUUACAUAGCAAAAGAAGUUCUUGAAGGAAAAUCUUCAAUCAAAAAGAGGAAAAGCAGCACAUUGGGUUCAAAGAGUAAGCGCUUGAGAAUUGAAAAUGAAGACAUGAUAGAACUGAAGCUAACAUGGGAAGAAGCACAAGGACUGCUCCGUCCUCCUCCCGACCAUGUUCCUAGUGUCGUUGUGAUUGAGGGAUUUGAGUUUGAGGAGUAUGAGGAUGCACCAAUACUUGGAAAGGCCACAAUUUUUGCAACUGAUAAUUUGGGCCAAAAAGUUCAAUGGGUUCAAUGUGAGGAUUGUUUUAAAUGGCGCAAACUGCCUGCCAAUGCUCUUCUUCCCUUCAAAUGGACAUGUUCUGGUAACUCUUGGGAUCCAGAAAGAUCAUUGUGUUCAGCGGCUCAAGAAUUGACAGCUGCACAGCUUGAAGAUCUGCUACCAUCUUCUAAUUUAGGAGCUGCAUCGAAGAAAAUGAAGGCUGCUAAACAGGAAGCAGAUAAUGUUGAAGCAUUGGAAGGGCUAGACACUCUUGCGAACUUGGCUAUUUUAGGAGAGAAUGAGGUACUUCCAACUUCAUCCCAGGCAACCACAAAGCAUCCCAGACAUAGACCUGGUUGCUCAUGCAUUGUGUGCAUUCAGCCCCCUAGUGGGAAAGGCCCCAAACACAAGCAGACGUGCACAUGUAAUGUGUGCCAAACAGUAAAGCGCCGUUUCAAAACCCUAAUGAUGAAGCGUGAGAAGAAGCAAUCAGAGAAAGAAGCAGAAACUACAAGGAAAAAGCAGCAGCAAACCUUGCCUGAGAAGUUGCUGGAUGAUGACCCCUCGCCAUCUACUAACACUGGGAGUAGCAGCCCAAACAAGAAAAAGGUGGUCAGUGAAGGUUCUGAUGAUGAUCCCAACAGAAUUAAGUCUUCCACUUCACCUUUUAAAGGCCAAAUAGACCUGAAUAUCCAGCCAGAGCGAGAGGAAGAGUUGUCACCUGGUUCAGAUUCUGGAAGCAUGAUGAAGAUGAUGCUUCAAGAUGCCUCUGAGCAGUAUAUUAGGCAGCAGAUGUUGAGCUCUGAUGGUGACAAUAUUUCAGCAGGUAAUCAAACAUUGGCCGGACAUGGAAUGGGUGAAAAAAUCAGCAAUGGCAUUUCUCUUGGCAGCAGUCAUCAGGAUUCUGUCAAGGAUCAUCCUUCAACUUUCGCUAUGAAAGUGUCUGCAUCCUCUCCAGCUGCUGGAUAGAUAAUGCCUUUAACAAGGCAAUGCUGCAUUGACCAUCUGUGGAGGACUCGGAAGCUGAUUAUGGGGAUAGUUCUUUGUACAUCUCCACAUUGGCAUGGUGCUUCUUUGUUCUGUACAUAGAGUAGAGUCGGGAGUGGGUAACAACAUGGUUGAGAAACCAAUAAUUUUGCUGAUUCAUAUUCAUAGCAUGUGAUCUCUACUGUAAUAUAAGCGGAUGCUGACUAGUUAGUUUAGUUUAGGGAAGGGGAUGACGAUAAGUUAAUCAAGUGGGUGGUAGGUUGAAGCUAUGUAGUUCAUUUUUAGGAGCUCACAACUACCCUAAUUCAGGAUCACGGAGAAUGUAACUAAAGCUGUGCUAGUUUUUUUUUUUUUUUU